AGGUGAGCAGACCCGGAGAGGCGAGGUUCGCCCGGCCUGCUCUCCCUGCGGACCCAUGUGGCCUUACCUGAGCAAUGAGCUCUUCCCACCCCCCACUGAAGCCUGGCUCCAGACGGUCUCCUCAGAUCCUGAGGCCCAAGGCUGGGGGGCCUGGGGUGGGACCGAAAAGACCUCUUUGGCGCCAAGUGCUGGAAGUGAGAAGGGAGCAGAGGAAAAUGAAGAUGCGGCCUUCCUGCUCUCCCUGCUGGAGCCAGAGAACCUGGGCAAGUCCCCAGCAUACAACCAGGAACUGGAGGCCAUCAGGCUGAAGCUGUGGGCCAUGGAGCACACCGAGGCCCUGCCAGAGCCGCCCUGUGUGCAGAGAAAGGCCACAGAGGAGGAGAGGGCUGAUGUCAGACAGCUACUGAGCCCCAACGCCGCAGGCUGCUGUUUCUCCAGGAUCUCCAAGGAAAAUGUGGAGGCUGACCACAGAUCUGUCUAUGUAGGCAAUGUGGAUUAUGGUGGUUCAGCUGCAGAGCUGGAGGCCUACUUCAGCCCCUGUGGGGAGAUUCACCGGGUCACUAUCCUGUGCGACAAGUUCUCUGGACACCCCAAGGGCUAUGCAUAUGUAGAGUUUGCUUCGCAGAGCUCUGUCAAGGCUGCUGUGGGGCUGGAUGAGAGCACCUUCCGAGGUCGGGUCAUCAAGGUACUUCCCAAAAGAACGAACUUCCCAGGAAUCAGCUCCACAGACCGUGGUGGGCUGCGGACACACUCGGGCAGCAGGGCCGCCUUCCUGCACGGUAGCCUCCAUCGAAAACCUCGGUUAAGACCCCGUGGACAGAGCCGGGACCAUGGACGAGCCUCACCGUGGUUCUCACCAUACUGAAAGGACAGCCCAGUUUUUAAAAGUGUGAGCCAGGAGAUGGGUUAGGAGUAAACUGCUGUCUCUCCACUUACUCCAGACGGGUCUUCAAGCCUGGCAACCCACAGGGGCCUUUGAAGGUGCCUAGAUCACCAGGUCCCAGUGGGAAGGCACUGGGCUGGGAGAUUCGGAGGGGAGGAGGCGGCUCAGGGUAUGCUGGGAUUGGCAUACUCAAGUACUUUUAAAGAAAAAUAGACAUGCGUGUUAAUAGUAAAACAUAAAUUAUUAA